GUCCGGGGACGGGAAAGUGUUCGGCGAGCGGCCUAGGCCCUUGUUAAGGCUCCAAAGGUGCGGCCCUGGGGUCUGAAGGGAAAUACCAGUCAGUAUCUGAGAUGUCAGCUCCGCUCCUCCAGAGGAACCCAGUGGAGAAAAGAGGAAUGGCGGUGGACCACGCCAAAAAUAAGAAACUGGUGGUGUUCAGUGACGUGUCUCUGGACUUCUCUCAGGAGGAGUGGGAGUGUCUGGGCCCUGCGCAGAGAGACUUGUACAGAGAUGUGAUGCUGGAGAACUACAGCAACCUGCUCUCAGUGGCAGGACUUCACAUUCCCAAGCCUCAGGUGAUCUCUUUAUUGGAGCAAGGCAAAGAGCCCUGGAUGAUUGGUAAAGAGCUUACAAGAGGCCUGUGCUCGGCUCUGGAGUCAAUGUGUGAGAGCAAGUUAUUGUCUCUAAAGAAGGAAGUGUAUGAGCUAGAGUCCUGCCAGAGGGAGCUAAUGAGACUUUCAAAGCACGGCCUCCCGUGCUCCGGUUUUACAGAUGCUCUGGAAUGUGGAGGCCAAUUUCAAAGUGGACAUGGAAGCCAAGAAUUACUCCCUCGGGACUACAUGCCCACAUUCGUUCAGCAGUCAUUCUUUACCCUACAUCAGAUUAUUAAUAAUGGUGAGAAGCCCUAUGAAUGUAAGAAGUGUAGAAAGGUCUUUACCCAGAACUCACAGUUUAUUCAACAUCAAAGAAUUCAUAUUGGUGAAAAGUCUUAUGAAUGUAAGGAGUGUGGGAAGUUCUUCAGUUGUGGGUCACAUGUUACUCGACAUCUGAAAAUUCACACUGGCGAAAAGCCCUUUGAAUGCAAAGACUGUGGGAAGGCCUUUAGUUGUAGCUCAUACCUUUCUCAGCAUCAGAGAAUCCACACUGGUAAGAAACCUUACGAAUGUAAGGAAUGCGGGAAAGCCUUUAGCUACUGCUCAAAUCUCAUUGACCAUCAGCGAAUUCACACUGGCGAGAAGCCUUAUGCAUGCAAAGUGUGUGGGAAAGCUUUUACAAAGAGCUCACAACUUUUCCAACAUGUGCGAGUUCACACAGGUGAGAAACCCUAUGAAUGUAAGGAAUGUGGCAAAGCCUUUACACAGAGCUCAAAGCUUGUUCAGCAUCAGAGAAUCCACACUGGGGAGAAACCCUAUGAGUGCAAGGAGUGUGGGAAAGCCUUUAGUAGUGGCUCAGCCCUUACAAACCAUCAAAGAAUCCACACUGGGGAGAAACCCUAUGAGUGCAAGGAGUGUGGGAAGGCCUUCACUCAGAGCUCACAGCUUCGGCAACAUCAAAGAAUUCAUGCUGGCGAGAAACCUUUUGAAUGCCUGGAAUGUGGGAAGGCCUUCACCCAGAACUCACAGCUGUUUCAACAUCAGAGAGUCCACUCAGAUGAGAAACCCUAUGAAUGUAAUAAAUGUGGAAAGGCCUUUAAUAAGUGCUCAAACCUUACCCGGCAUCUGAGAACUCAUCGUGACGACAAGCCGCAUAGCUGUAAGGAGUGUGGGAAGACGUUUAGUAAUGAUUCAGACCUCAUUCGCCAUCAGGAAACUCAUACUAACGAAGAAACUUAUGCGUGCAUAGAAUGUGGGAAAGCCUUCAGCCAGAGAUCCAACCUUGUCCAGCAUCACAAGAUUCACACUGGAGAGAAGCCCUACUAGUGUAAGGAAUGUGGGAAGACCUUUAGCCAGAAUGCACGUCUGGUUCAGCAACUGCGAGCUCACACUGGGGAGAAGCCCUAUGAGUGUAUCGAAUGUGGAAAAGCGCUACAGGUGAAAACCUUCCCUGCUCAACACCAGAGAGUUCACACCAGAGAGAAACCUUAUGAGUGCAGGGUCUGUGGGAAAGCCUUUAGCCUUCAUGCGUACCUCACUGUGCAUCAGAGAAUUCACACAGGGGAGAGACCCUAUGAAUGUAAGGAAUGUGGGAAGGCCUUCAGCCAAAAUUCCCACCUUGCUCAGCACCAGAGAGUUCACACCGGGGAGAAACCCUAUGAGUGUAUUAAGUGUGGGAAGGCCUUUAGCAAUGACUCCUCCCUUUCUCAGCACCAGAGAGUUCACACCGGCUAG